AAAGGCUAAAAUUACAUUAUGGGGAGAGCUAGCACAUUAUUUGAGUGAAGAUGUAAUUGGAAAGCAUACAGUUCUUAUUGUUACAUCAACAAUGGUUGAAGCUUCAAAGUUCAAAGUUAUAUCUCUAAAGACCACUAGCGCCACAAGAUUGUAUACAGAUUUAGAUGUACCAGAAACCUGGAAUCUUAUUGACAGGCACUCAAGGGAAGAAACUUUAUCAAAAAUGAUGGAGGUAAACAAAAGUACACAUGGGAUACUAGAGGAGAAAAUGUUUUAUAACAGAAGGACAUUACGAGAAAUCUCUGAAAUGAGACAUGACAACCAAACAGAUCAAGAUUUUGUAUUUACAUCAAAAGCAAGGAUAGAUAAGCUGCAAGAAAAUGCUAAGUGGUGGUACAUGUCAUGCAACAUUUACAGCAAAAUGUGCACUAAGAUAGAUGACAAGUACUAUUGUAACAAUUGCAAAGAAUACCCAAAAAAGCCGACACCUAGAUAUUGGAUUCGAUUGGAAAUCAGUGACCACACAACCACUAUUACCUGCACUAUAUUUGAUGAUGAGGCACAGAGAAUGCUCAGUACAUCUAUCUCAGAUUUACUAGAUUCACUGAAUAAAAAUACUGAAGAUGUACCAAAGAUUAUACAACAACUAUGUGAAAAAACACUUAUCUUUAGGUUCAAGCUAAGCAAUCAAAAUUUGACUGAAGGAAAACCAGGAUACUUAGUAAAAACAACAUUUGUGCCUGACGACAAGCUUGAGACAAAAUUCUUGAAUGAUAAAGCUAAAAAGGAUUUGAUUGAUCAGGACAUGAAAGAUAUAAUGAAACAACAAACAAGUAAAUUGGAAGAAGCCAAAAAUAAGAAAACUGAAUCUGAAAAGAAGGAAUAA